CAGGGGUGGAGUUUAGAGCUGGGGUUGGUCUACUGGACAAUAUAAGAACUAAUGCCACCGUUACAGCGCCUUCUCGUGUAAGUGGCAGAAUCUGGAUUAACUGAGGCCCUGUAGAAGAGACAUAUUCACUGCCUUCAUUGUAUUUACUUGAGGCACCAUGAGUAAAGAGGCUGAAAUGAAGGAAGUGGAGCUGAAUGAGCUGGAGCAGGAGAAGCAGUCAAUGAACACUGACUCGGAGAAAAAUGGCUGUGUGAAAGUUAAGGUGCCGGAGGAAAAAGAGGUCAAAUUCACCGGCCUAACUAAAGAAGAGCUGAUGAGAGUAGCAGGCACCACAGGAUGGGUUCGGACUCGUUGGGUAUUGUUGGUUCUGUUCUGGCUCGGCUGGGUUGGCAUGCUGGCUGGGGCAGUGGUGAUCAUUGUUCAGGCUCCACGGUGUAAACCGAUCCCUGAAAUGCACUGGUGGAACGAGGGGCCACUGUACCAGAUAGCUGAUGUAAACAGCUUCUCUGAAGACAUUAAAGGAAUAGAAAACAAGCUGGACAGUCUGAACCAGCUGAAAGUGAAAGGGUUGAUCCUGGGCCCAAUACACACUGUUCAGGCAAACCAGAUGAGUACACUGAAUUUGGAAGAAAUUGAUCCUAGUUUGGGCACCGAGGAGGACCUGGACAACCUGCUAGAAAGAGCCCACAAGAAGGGUAUCUCUAUAGUACUGGAACUGACACCUAACUAUAAGGGAAAUGCAGCUUGGUUCAGCAAUAUUCCUGAUGCCUCUAUUUUUACCAAACUUACUGCGGCAUGUGCCUACUGGCUCCAAAAAGGAGUGGACGGCUUUCUCUUUUCUGAUAUGAGCCAGGUUGUCAGUACUGAUACAUGGCAGUCCAUCCAGAAUGCUGUUCAUUCCAACACCAGAGAAGGGACUAAAAAAAGUGCUCUAAUAGGUUCAGUCACCAAGCAGCCUGCAGAUAAUGUCAGUGUGCUGCUGGAGGGCUCCAAUGUUGAUCUGUUGCUAAACAGACUGCCAGGUAAACUGUCUGGAAUUCAGGUGGCUAAGGACAUGACCAAGCUCUACUCCAACCACUCUAGCCUUGCCUGGACCCUGAGUAAAAAAGAUUCAGAUUUGCCUACACGCCUUUACCAUAUGCUGCUCUUUACCUUGCCUGGUACCCCAGUGUUCAUCAGUGGCGAUGAGGUUGGACUGAAGGAGAGGGAAUCGCUUAAUGGAAUUUGGGACUUGGAAAAUCCAGCUGAGGAGAACAAUGAAACAGCAAAGACUAUAAGAGCAGAACGCAGUGCAGUGCGAAGCUUCUUUAAGGCUCUCAGUGACCUUCGAGGUAAAGAAAGAGCUCUGCUGCAUGGUGAAUAUACCUCUCUACACAACUCCAUAUCCUCAUUUGCAUUCCUCCGCCUGUGGGACCAGAGUGAACGCUUCAUCACCGCCUUAAACUGGGGCAAUUCCCCUGUGUUAAUGACGCUGACCAACAGCGAUCUCCCAGCGGAGGCCCGUGUACGGCUGAGUACAGAUACAGAGAAGCUAGCUGUCGACAGCAUGGUGCCGUUGGAUAAACUGCAGCUAGAAGCCAAACAAGCUGUUUUAUUGUCUUAUCCUUAUGCAGGAUAGGAACAUUAGCAGAAAUACACAUGUAAUAAGACAAGGCUCCUUUUCAGAAUAGAAAGUUCAUGUUAAACAAGCUCUGUGUUUUUCAUUAUGCUUAUUUUAGUUUUGAAAUAUGGAAGAAUGCAGUGUCUGUUAUAGAAAUUAGUUUCCUACAAAAAGUUAUAUUUGUUUUCUAAUACUAAUAACAUAUACGAGUGAAAUGGAAGCACUGAAACAGUAUUAUUCCAGCUGGAUAGGACAUUCUAUAUUUGUGUGUGUAUGGGCCACCAUGAAAAAAUCAAUGGCAGAAAAAUAAACGUUGCUUAUGAUGUA